AUGAUUUUGGUAUGUUUGGCUCUCUCUGGCAACCGUGAUAGUCGCCGUGCUCCGCUACGAACACUGCCGACGGCGACGACCGCUUCUCUCCCUGAUGAGAAAGUUGGGAGAACUCUCUCCUUCUGUCUUUUCUGGUUUGGGGAAAAACUGAAAAAUGGGAGGGGUUCUAUUGGUAACUAUUUUAAAAGGAAAUUAGAUGUUGGUGAUGAUGGAAGUAGUGAAGGAUCUUCUAAAAGAAAUAGCUCAAAUGAAGUUCCACAAAGACCACAACCUACCACUGUGUCACCUACUCCCAUGGCUUCCAUUCCAACAACUAUUAAUGUGAAUGAUCUUCGUUCGGAUCCGGCGGAUAGACCAAAAAUUACAUCUUAUCAUCCAAAUCAAAAAGAUGAAAUAAGAAGGGCAUAUUGGAUUAAAGGACCAUGUCAACCAAGGGGACAACAAGGUGGGAGAGAUGCAUUUGUGACGGAAGGAUUUAGCACUUGGAGUAAAAAGAAAUCAUUAUAUGCUCAUGUAGGUAAUGUUGAUAGUUUACACAACAAAGCACGACAAAAGUGUGAAAAUCUAGAGAAAAAAAAUCAAUCUAUUAGUGAUGCUCUUCAUAAGCAAACUGAACAUAAGAAGAGUAACUAUGAAAUUCGAUUACGUGCUACAAUUGUCACUUGUAGAUUUUUGUUGGAAAAUAAGUUAUCGUUUCGUGGCCAUGAUGAGUCGAAUGACUCCAUUUCCAAAGGGCUUUUCAUUGAAACAUUAUCUUUGAUUAGAGAACACAAUGAGAGUAUUUAUAAUGUUACCUUAGAAAAGGCUCCGAAGAAUGAUAAAUUGACAUCUCCAAAGAUUCAAAAAGAUAUUGUUGAAUGUUUUUCAAAAGAAAUAAUAAAGUCCAUUUGUGAUGAAAUUGGAAAGGAUGUGUUUGCCAUAUUAGUUGACGAGUCUAGUGAUGUAUCUAAAAAGGAGCAAAUGGCUAUGGUUUUGAGAUAUGUUGAUAGACUUGGAGUUGUUAAGGAGAGAUUUAUUGGAGUUGUUCACGUGACGGAUACAUCUUCUUUGACUCUUAAAGCUGCCAUUGAUUCUGUAUUUACUGACAAUAAAUUAAGCAUGGCUCAUGUAAGAGGGCAAGGUUAUGAUGGAGCAAGUAAUAUGUGUGGUGAGUUUAACGGUUUGAAAGCGUUGAUCUUAAGAGAUAAUAAGUCAGCAUAUUAUGUACAUUGUUUUGCUCACCAACCUCAAUUAGUGAUUGUGGCGGUUGCAAAGAAUCAUGAUGGUGCUCAUGAAUUCUUUGAGCAAGUAGCUUUGGUGGUUAAUGUGGUUUGUGCUUCCUGCAAAAGAAAGGAUAUCAUACGAGAGAGCUACAAAAAGAGAUUGCAAACAGAAAUUGGUAUUGGUGAAACCGGAAGAGGGUUGAAUCAAGAGCUUUCUCUAAUUCGAGCAGGAGAUACAAGAUGGGGUUCCCAUUAUAAAACAAUCAUAAGUUUGAUGAAUUUGUUUCCUGAAGUUAUUGAGGUGCUUAAAUAUGUUGAAGAGGAUGGGAUUUUAUCUAACUGA